GAGAAGCCGUAUUCCUGUCCUGAGUGCGGGAAAUGUUUUUCACAAAAGUCUAAUCUUAAAACACACCAAAGGCUUCACACAGCUAAGAAGCCAUAUUCCUGUCCUGAGUGCGGGAAGUGUUUCCAUUAUAAAUCCAAACUUAAUGAUCAUAAAAGAUCUCACACAGGUGAGAAGCCACAUUCUUGCCCUGAAUGCGGGAAAUGUUUUUCAGCUAAGUCCAAUCUUUACACACAUCAGAGAUCUCACACAGGUGAGAAGCCUUAUUCAUGUCCUAAGUGCGGAAGAUGUUUUUCAGAGAAGUCCAAGCUUCACAAACAUCUGAGAUCUCACACAAGGGAGAAGCCAUUUUCCUGUUCUGAGUGUGGGAAAUGUUUUUCAGUGAAGUCCAGUCUUCACAACCAUAGGAGAAUGCACACUGGGAAAAUGCCAUUUUCCUGUUCUGAGUGCGGGAAAUGUUUUGAACAAAAAUCAGAUCUUGUCAAACAUCAGAGGUCUCACAUGGGCGAAAAACCAUACUCAUGUCCUGAGUGCGGGAAAUGUUUUUCAGCUAAGUCCAGUAUUUAUAAUCAUCGGAGAUUACACAAGGGAAUGAAGCCGUAUUCCUGUUCUGAGUGCGGGAACUGUUUUGAACAAAAAUCAGAUCUUGUCAAACAUCAGAGGUCUCACAUGGGCGAAAAACCAUACUCAUGUCCUGAGUGCGGGAAAUGUUUUUCAACUAAGUCCAGUAUUUAUAAUCAUCAGAGAUUACACAAGGGAAUGAAGCCGUAUUCCUGUUCUGAGUGUGGGAAAUGUUUUGUAGAAAAAUCAAAACUAGUUGUACAUCAGAGAUCUCACACGGGGGAAAAGCCGUAUUGCUGUCCUGAGUGCGGGAAAUGUUUUUCAGACAAAUCUAAUCUUUACAGACAUCAGAGAUCUCACACUGGGGAAAAGCCGUAUUCCUGUCCUGAGUGCAGGAAAUGUUUUUCAAACAAGUCCAGUUUUUACAGUCAUCAGAAAUCUCACACAGGUGUGAAGCCACUUUCCUGUCCUGAGUGA